AUGAUCUCGAAACGCAAGCUGCUGCCUUUCAUCGUCUUCCUCGUGAUAUUUGGAACCUGGCUCAGCUUACCACCGAAAAAACGCCACUUUGUCGACAACUGGAGACUCACAAACUACAUUACCAGGCUAGGUGCCAGUCACAACUUGUAUGAUGAUACCAUUGAUCUGGGACACAAAAACGGAGCACAUUAUUUUACAGCACCACGAGAUCAGGGGCCGGUGGCUGGACACGCCAACUACACAGAGGCACUGUGUCAUGUGUCUCAGAAGGUGAUUGUUCCUGACGUUCAAAUCAGUGCGUCAAAUGAAGAGGGAGUGAAAGAAGCGGUAGAAGAUUACGUAGCCCGACUGCCGGAAUCGCCACUGACAUCAGAACUGCUCAGCUACUCAGAGGGGGACAUUUCCGGACACCAGUGCAUGGCUACCAAGUUUAGUCAGAUCAUGUUGGUGCUGGAACUUGGUUAUUUUGCGAGUUGGGGGCUUGUUGAAGAGUCACGUGACUACGAAAAUGACCCUAAGGAGAAGUUUGUUAUGUCCCGAAUUCAAUCAGGUGAUUUACAUGUUGCUGAGAAGACAUCUGUGCCGGAUGUGAUAAUUGAGGAAGACAUUGGUGAUGACUCUGUGGAGGAAGAAGAAGAAGAAAAGGAGGAUGACUCAGCAAGCUAUGAUGAACCUGUAGAGCGUGAUCUUCAAGUCAAUCCACGUGCAGCGCAUCUCUCAGCAAAAUAUCCCUCUCUUCUAAGACACGUGGAGUUCAAUGGCAUGGAUUAUGCAGCGUUUGUCGAGUCACGGGACAAGUUCACAUCCAACGAGCCCUUCACUACCGAUCAUGUGUACAAAAAUGGUGAAGUUGAGAAGAUUCGACACAUUCAGGUGCCUAAAAUGGGCCCGGGGCAUGCUGCGUUCAUGCUACGUAAGACAUUCAAUUUUGAGAAGAUCGAAAUCAGUCUUUCUUUUGGCGAUGGCGAGCUGUGGGAGGAUUAUGUCUUUGAGCCUGUUCUGAGAGGAGGCCAGAGAGCGGGAAGAGUCACCGCCAAGUACCCUGGGUACGUUGAGGAUCACAAGUCUGAUGAUUCUGUGCAUUCAUUUCCUCACAAUGACGCUCGGUUUUUUGGAGACCAAUGUGCGCCCAAACCGGAUGAUGUGAUGCUCAUGGGAAAAGUCAUUUAUGGAGCCGAUAUUAGCAUGAAGCAAUACCCGUUUGAUGACCCCAUUUGGCUCACUCACCAAGCCGCUACUGCCUGGCAGAAGGUCAAGUGGUACGAUUUGCGCCCUGAAUUCCUGAACAAGGGCCUACUGGACUCCAUGUGCCAUUUUGCACACACUAAUCAGGGAGAGGCGUUUAAUGUGGAGUUUGGGGUUGGAUUCAAGUGUUCGGAGGGUCGACAUGUUCCCAACCUGAACUAUUACUUUUGUCAACAGUUGCAUUAG